UGUGUGUUUUCAUGGGAAGAGGGAGUCACUGAUGUGUCUGUCACUGAUGACGCUCCAUGAGUGUAAGUUUGAGGCAUAUUCUCAGUCUGAUGCUUUGCGUCUGUAAUUUAAGAGCUCCGCCGUCGUGAUGAACAUACAGAUGAUCAAUACCGCGAGAAAAUGGAUCGCAUCGUGCAGCUUGAACCUUUAGUAUCAUACGCCGAGGUGAAAUGAGGUUGUAAUUCGUCCAAAAUGUGACAUGGCACAAACUCAGCGGGCUCACGGUUGGACAGCCGAGGUGUCAUCGAUCUGAUCUGAUAUGAUCACUGAUAAAUAAAGCGGCGAGAUGGAUCUCCUCUCCGUUUCUCCUUGACGCGCGCUGGAGAGAGGCAGGCGGAACUAAGCAGCGCGACCACCGGCCAAUGUACCGGGGGAACGGCGGCGUGACAGCGGCCCGGGAGCGGCGGCGGUGGUCUUGAGAUCCGUUCCUUCGGGUUUUACGCAGCGAGGCGCGGGGAACAAUGGGCUGCGCUCCCAGCAUCCACGUCUCGCAGAGCGGGGUGAUCUACUGCCGCGACUCGGAUGAGUCCAACUCGCCCCACCAGACCACAACCAUCUCGCAGGGCACGGCGACCACUCUGCACGGCCUCUUCAUUAAGACCGACGCGGCGGACACCAUCCCCUCCGUGAUCGCGUACCAGAGCAGGCACACACGGACCAACUCCCACCGAGAGCGGAGAGAGAACAGCGGCGGACACAUGUGCACGGAGGCCGAGACUCAGACCAGCAGCACCAGCGUCAAGGUGUCUGCAGCAGAAGAGCGUUUGGGGCCAAUGCGACUGACCCAGGAGCCCAUUCAGGUGUUACUGGUCUUCGCUAAAGAGGACAGUCAGAGCGAUGCGUUCUGGUGGGCGUGUUGAGAGGGGCGGGGUUCAGGUGUGUAACAUCGCACGAAAACACCUGAGUCUGCGGUGGAGUGUUUCUUGGAUAAACACCACGAGAUCGUCAUCAUUGAUGGCCGGCACUCAACGAAAAUGUAAAAAACAACUUUUUGUUAUUGUAUGUUUUUAAACAGGAUGAUUCGAGUGACCAAGCCUUCUGAACACACUGUUAUUUUAGCAGUGAUGCCACAAACUCCCUCAGAUCAGGAGGAACCAUCUGUCCUUCCUCUUCUCUCUGCUGGCUUCUCCAGAAGGUACCUGGAGAACAGCAGUGUGUCAGCCUGCUAUAAUGAGUUAAUCCAGUUAGAACACGGAGAGGUUCGAGCUCAGUUUAAACUGAGGGCUUGUAACUCUGUGUUUACCGCAUUAGAACAGUGUCAGGAAGCCGUGGAGAUCAGCAGUGAAGAUCAUGUCAUACAAUAUGUAAAUCCAGCAUUUGAAAAGAUGAUGGGCUAUCAUAGAGGCGAACUGAUCGGUAAAGAGUUGACCGAACUGCCCAAGAGUGACAAGAACAGCGCCGACCUGCUGGACACCAUCAACACUUGCAUCAAGAAAGGAAAGGAAUGGCAGGGGAUCUAUUUCUCACGGAGGAAGUCAGGGGACAGUAUUCAGCAAUAUGUCAGAAUCACUCCUGUGAUUGGCCAGGGAGGAAAAAUCCGCCAUUUCGUGUCCAUCAAGAGGCCUUACACUGACAACCACAGACAGGUUCAUAAGUUGAGCAAAGAAGAGAAAUGCUGUGGUGAACACUCUCAAUCAGAAUGCAAUUCCUUGCGUCACAAGGACCGGAGGAAAGAGUCUGUGGACGUCAGAUCCAUCAGCUCUCACAGCAGUGAUGCUCCCAGUCUACAGAACCGCAGAUAUUCCUCUAUGGCCAGAAUCCACUCCAUGACUAUUGAAGCUCCAAUCACUAAGGUGAUAAAUAUAAUUAACGCAGCGCAGGAGAGCAGUCCUGUGACAGUAGCGGAAGCUCUGGAUCGUGUUCUGGAGAUUCUGAGGACCACCGAACUCUACUCACCCCAACUGGCCUCAAAAGAGGACGAUCCACACACCAAUGACCUGGUGGGGGGGCUUAUGAGUGACGGACUCAGAAGGCUCUCUGGGAAUGAGUAUGUCUUCUCCAAAAGUGCAUUACACAAUAUGAGUCAGAGUCAGCUGGCAGUGCCUGUCCCGUUAAAUGACAUCCCGUCCUCCAUCGCAGAGCUGCUCAAUGAGGAGGAAUGCUGGGAAUUCAAUAUCCUGGAGCUGGAGGCAGCUACUCACAAGAGGCCGCUCUCAUACCUGGGGCUGAAGAUCUUCUCUGCUUUUGGCGUGUGUGAGUUCCUGAACUGCACAGAGGCCACGAUGCGCUCGUGGCUGCAGGUGAUCGAAGCUAAUUACCACGCAUCCAAUUCCUACCACAACUCAACACACGCCGCAGACGUCCUGCACGCCACAGCCUACUUCCUGCGCAAGGACAGAGUCAAGGGCAGUCUUGACCAGUUGGAUGAAGUAGCGGCACUGUUGGCAGCAACGGUCCAUGACGUUGAUCACCCGGGCCGCACCAACUCAUUCCUGUGCAACGCAGGCAGUGAGCUGGCCAUUCUGUACAAUGACACGGCCGUCCUGGAAAGUCACCAUGCUGCUCUAGCGUUCCAGCUUACUGUACGAGACAGCAAGUGCAACAUCUUCAAAAACAUGGAAAGGAAUCAGUUUCGAACCCUACGGCAGGCCAUAAUAGACAUGGUGCUGGCGACAGAAAUGACACGACACUUUGAACACGUCAACAAGUUCGUAAACAGCAUCAACAAACCCAUGAGUGCCAUUGAGGAGAACAGCUCCAGUAGUGAAGGCAGUGAUUGUGAGGGUCAGGCCAGUAUUCGCAACUCUCCUGAGAAUCGUCUGUUAAUUAAACGGAUGCUGAUUAAAUGUGCCGAUGUGGCCAAUCCCUGCAGACCUCUGGAGCUCUGUAUUGAAUGGGCUGGUCGCAUUUCAGAGGAGUACUUUGCUCAGACUGACGAGGAGAAAAGACAAGGUUUGCCGGUUGUCAUGCCAGUGUUUGACCGGAAUACCUGCAGCAUUCCUAAAUCCCAGAUCUCAUUUAUCGACUAUUUCAUCACGGACAUGUUUGAUGCCUGGGAUGCCUUUGCCAGUUUGCCAGGUCUUAUGGAGAAUUUGGCGGAGAACUACAAAUACUGGAAGAACUUGGAUGAGAUGAAAUGUAAAAGCUUACGGCCUCCGCCUUCUCAGUGACUCUCAUGACUAUCUUACCGUCGAGGUCAAAGGUCAGAGGUUACGCCAUGAAUGUAGCAUCUCUACCCGGCCUCCAAGUUUCCGUCCAUUGAACAUAGAUCAGCAGCCCUGUUUCCCUGACGACGCUCCACCCCUAGCGACAAUCGCCCGGUAACAAGGGUAAAACAGACAAACGACAAAACGAAUGCACUUUAUCAGCAAACAGUCCUCAUCCAGCAUCUUUUUACUUUCUUCUCUUCUCUUUUAAAAUCCAUCUGUUCUCCCAGCUGUUUUUAAUGAUUUCUGGACAGUGAUUUUUUUGUAAUGUCUGACACAAGAAGACAAAGACUUAUCUUAGUCCAGUAGAGGACUGUAUAUACUAUAUGUGCUCAGAUAUGGAACUGAAACAUGAAUGAUCAGAGAGGUCUGUGUCUGUACAUGUACACAAAUAACAUUAACAGACAUGUGGAACCACAGAUCCAAAUGCCAAAAGGGCUUUAAUUGGAAGCAGAGUGUCAGUGAGACUGAUCUACUUAGGAAACCAAAAAAGGACCCAGUACCGAGCCCUGAGGCAUGCCACAUUUUCCCCACUAUUGAUCUGUUAAAAUUCAACACAUAUAUUUUGACACAAUAUUGUUGACAGAAGCAAAUGUCAAGUUGCCAAAAUGGAAGAAAUGAAGACAUGUUUGUAUUCGGAUGAUGAAACUGUAUUGACCAGCACUGAACGCGAUUCAGUGUACGAGAAUGUAAAAACUGCGACGGAUCAGCCCAUUGUGGGCCGUCAUUAUUCCGGCACUUUCUGUAUCAGAACGACUCAAGCCUUUCUCAGACUCCAAGGACUGGUGUGUAAUAAUCAAUAAUUUUGAUAUAAAUAGCCAACAAUAACAAAGAAUAUAUUUCUCAGAAACACUGUAUAUCCAGACACAUACUGUAAUAACGUGAAACUUUAUGAUGCGUGUGUGAGUGAAAGUGUGUUUGUUACGAUGUGCUUAGUGAUGAAUGUAUUUGCAUAAUUCUUACAUUUUACACAUGACAGUUAACAUUCCUAUUUCACACAACAGUCCGUACGGAUGCAACAUUCCCUAAUCUUCUACUGUGUGUAAACCUAAAGUCCAGCACAGCCUCAUUAUGAGACCACCGACACGGUGACGUUUGCUCAUGCUGAUAGGUGGGAUCGCACAUAUUUUAAGUGUUACACUAUUUUUAAGUAUUAUUUAUUUACAAAUGAGCUCGGCUGUAUAUCGCUGUUAGAAUCUUUUACCAUAGACACGCAUCACCAACGAGCUUCAAACGCUCACCUUUUGUAGCCCAAAAACCAGCGCCAAAGGUGCGUUUAUAAUCAAACACGAUGAUGAGUUUUAAACAGAUGUUUGGCUAAAGCCGUUUCGACUGGAAAAAAAAAGUAGUUUAGAUUUUCUGGAAAUCUGUCACACAAGACAUUUUUUUAAAAAACCCAAAUAUUUUUAUUAAAUGUAACUAUUGGUGUCAUUUGUUAUUUGCGCACCUAAUUUUUACCGGGUUACAUUUGGACACAUAGUUGAAUUGCAUUGGCUCGCAGACAGGCUUAGUAGGAAUUUAUUAAAUGUUUAUAUUCUGUCAA